GUAUCGCAAUGUUUUCCCUAUUUGCCGGCGAGAAGCCGCAGCCCAAAGCCGCAGAGGCUGCCAUUCAGAAGAUUUCAACCCUCUCCGCAACCCAAUUGUCGCGUUUCGAGCGUCUUCCCCAGGCCCAGCGUUAUGCCAUCAUUGGCGCCGCCUCGGUCGGCGGCCUAUCUCUCCUCUGGGCAUUGACAGCCUCAUCAAAGUCUGCCAAACGCCCGCCGAUCCGCUCCCCGAGGGACUCAUUACUCCCCGAGCUUUCUGAUGAGGAUGCUGCCGAGCUACCGUAUCAUCCAGCCGCGUUACCAGGAGCCCGCGAUGUCAACACUCCGUUUGGUUCCAUUCGCGUCUAUGAAUUCGGCCCAAGAGAUGGAGAAAAAGUCCUUCUAAUCCAUGGCAUCUCUACGCCGAGCAUCGCGCUGACAGAUCUUGCGCACAAAUUGGUUGGGAGGGGUCGACGUGUCAUGCUAUUUGAUCUUUUUGGCCGCGGCUACUCGGAUGCACCUUCCCCAGACACGACCAAGUAUGACUCCACCCUUUACACCACACAGGUACUACUUGCUCUGCAGUCCUCGCCCAUUCACUGGUUAAACUUCACCAUUGUCGGCUACUCAUUUGGCGGCGUCAUCGCCGCUGACUUUACUUCCUACUUCCCCAACCUAGUCAAGGGACUCGUGCUCGUCGCCCCGGGAGGCAUCAUUCGCAAAUCACAUGUCUCCAUAUCGAGCAAAAUGCUCUACAACAGCUCCUGGAUGCCCGAAUGGAUGGUCCGUAGCCUGGUAGCAAGCAGACUCUGGACGGGCGCCAAGGUGGUAGAAAACGACCCCGAGGCUGUCGAACACGCCGAGACAACGACUACAACUGCAAGCGAAGGCAACGCAACAUACGUGUCGAGCAACCAAAUGCUUUUGCCCGGAAACCCAUACAGUACCGUGUCUUCUGUUGUAGAUUGGCAGAUCAAGCACCACAAGGGUUUCGUCCCGGCAUUCAUAUCCACCGUCCGCAACGCCCCCAUUUACAACCAACACGAUCGCUGGGCUGUCAUUCGCGAAAAUAUCGAGGCGCAUGCCGGUCCGCUAAAAGAAGUCUGGCUCGUUCUCGGCGAAACCGAUCCCAUUGUUGUUGCCGACGAGGUUACAGAGGACGCGCGCACGGUUCUGGGUGAAGACAACGUACGCGUCAAGGUGCUAGAUGGUGUAGGCCAUGAAGUGGCAAUUGAGCGCGCCGACGAUAUCGUCAGGGUUGUGCGAAGGAUCGAUGGCAAGAGCGAGGUUGUACGGGAAGUUGCCGAAGACUACAAGCCUGAGAGACAUGAGAAGGCGGAGAAGGCGGAGAAGCCAGAAAAGGAGAGCAAAGAAAAGAAGGAGAAGAAGAGUUCGAGUCGGAGGAAGCAUGGCGGGUCCCAUGCUGGCUCUAGCUCAAAGCAGUGAAUGUGGAUGGAACGACAAUGAUGACGACGAUGACGAUUGUAAGAAUGGAAGAACUGAUAUCACGAAUCUACCCCAAAGAAUGGAAACGUUUCAAGAUGUAAAGAAAUAUAGCAACAAAAGAAGAAUAAAACAAAUCAACGC